GCGGCCGCCCGGCAGCAGGAGGCAGCGGCGAGGCUGCCCCGGGGCCGCUCGCCCGAAGCCCGGCGGGGCAUGCCCGGCCCCACGAUGCCGGCCUGGGGGAUCCUGCCCGUCACGCUGCCCGCCUUCACCAUCACCGGCAUGUGGAUCGUGUAUGCCAUGGCACUCUCCAACAACCACAUCUGCCCUGUCCACAACUGGAAUUACAACCAGUCCUGUGGCGUGGAUAGCCCCGGCUCCUGCUGCACGCUGGACCACAUCCCCCUUGUCAGCAAGUGUGGGACGCUGCCUCCCGAGAGCUGCUUCUUCAGCCUCAUCUGCAGCCUGGGCUCCUUCAUGGUGAUGCUGGUGGGGCUGCUGCGCUACGCACACCUCCUGGAGCGCCUGGGACCCUCGCUGCUCAACACGCUGGGGCUGGGCACGGGCUGGCUCUGCGCCGCCGGCCUCACCAUGGUCGGCAACUUCCAGGUGGAUCACGCCAAGGUGCUGCACUACAUCGGGGCCGGGGUGGCCUUUCCCACCAGCAUGCUGUUCCUGCUCCUGCAGUCCAUCCUCACCUACCGCAUGGCCAAAACCCGCGGGCAGUACUGCACCGGCCACCUGCGCAGCGUCCUCACCGCCCUGGCCUUCGUCACCCUCAUCUUCAGCGGGGUGUUCUUCAUCCAGGAGAGCUUUGUUCUGCAGCACGUGGCUGCGCUGUGCGAGUGGAUGUUCAUCAUCGAUGUCCUUGUCUUCUACGGCACCUUCACCUUUGAGUUUGGGGCCAUCUCCACAGACACCUUCCUGGUGCUGCUGAAAGCCAGCCGGGCCCCCAAGAGUUACAAAGGCGAGAGCAGCGUGUGUGGCACAGCCCACGUCCGCAGCCACGCCGAGGGCCUGGCCAUGGCCUGAGCCCCGGCCAGGGCAGGGGCGGCAGCUCCCGUGGGCACCCCAGAGCAGGGGCUGCCGCUGCCUCCCCCGCCUCGAAGGUCUCGGAGUCCCUGACUGCCUCGGGGGGGUUGCAGGCAUGGUCCCCUCCCUGCCCCCGGGGUUUGGGGGCUCUGUGGGGUGUGGGGACCCAGCCUGGUGCUGUGGGGAUCUGCCCCAGAGCCUCUGGGGUUGCCCCAUCUGAGUCGGGGACUGUGGGGAGCAGAGGCCCCCUCCGUAAGGGCUGUGGGGGAGCAGGAGGCUCACCCUCCCCUCACCUGGUGUGCUGGGAAGGGUCUGAUUCCUGUUCCCCCUUCCUGCACAGCCGUGGGCGUGGGGUUCAGCAGAGCAAGCCUUCCCGCUGGCUGCUGUGACUGUCAGAGGAGCCAAAUCCCAGAGUGCCUUUUCCCUCGUGCCUGGGGAGGCUCUGCCAGCACCCCCGGUCAGGAUGGUAGUGGGGGACUCUCCCUGCCCACCCAGGGAGGGUAAUGCCUUGUGCUGCUGUGAGCUGGCAGCAGCAGCCCCCCCAGCCAGGGCUCUCUCUUCUCAGGGCCUUCCACGCCCCCAACCGCUGCCUUUUGCCCCGUUUCUCAGCCUGGAGGAGGGGUGCUGAGGCGGAUCUCACCUCCUGGGCCCCUGGCAGGCAGCUUAGGGGAGAGAUGUCUGUGCGUGGCCUGUGACACCAGCGUGUCCUGCACACGGUGCCUGCAGAGCAGCAGGUUUCCCCCACGUCCUGCGGGGAGCCUGCAGCCCCCAGCCCCGCUGCAGCCCCCACCCAGGGAGCGCAGGCAGGGGGAGGGGAAGCACGUCCCGGGGAAGGGAGGGAGCCAGCGCCCCGUUCUUCUGGGACUCUCACAGCCGUCCUCUGGUGCCUUUCCCCGCACUCAGCCCUGGCAGCCCGGGCCUGGGGCAGCGUGGCGGGGCUGCGGUGGGGUGUGAAUGUGAGUGUGUGUGUGUGUGUAGAGAGCUGCACAUAUAUAUACGUAUAGACAAUGUUUCCCUGUCCCAGGAGCGGGGCCUCUGCUGCUGCUGUGUGUGUUGAUCAGGAUGGGCUUGCUCGUUUGCCCACCCUUUCAGAACCGGCCGAUAAAUCCACCUGUACGUGUAGCUGGAGGAGGAGCGUUUCUGACUUUUAUAUCUAAUAUAUAUUUUAAAGCGUCUAUAUAUAUAUGUAAAGAGAGAAGUGCGAAUUUACAGUAAUAA